ACACCUGUGAAGGAGUACAAGCCUGCUAGACUGAUUCCCUGACCUUGCAAAUCCCCAAAGUCUAUAAAUUGCUGUUUCUCUGAAGUGGGGUCAGGGAGCCAGACCACAAGAACAUGAUUGGUUUACUUGGUUGUUCCAUCAUCUACAAGUCAGUUUAACAAUAUUUGCUAUAACAUACUAAUCCUCCAAAUCCAUUUAUUUCUGCAAGUUGCAGCAAAAGCAAAUGUUGUACAUUCCCUUUAAGGCAGAAAGUUCAGUGUUAGCUGAUUCCACGCCCAAUGUUCCACAGUGUUUGGAUAUGUGGCUGUGGUAAAUUUUCUGUGAUUGGUUAUUGAUUGUUGUGUCAGUACCUGACAGUAAGUAGUCAGUGUGCAAAGGUUAUGCCCAAAUGUUUUCAAUGAGCAAACUUUGGGGCUCACAGUUAAAACAGAAAACCCCUGAGCUGGCCUUAAAAUAUAUCACAACAACAGCGCCCUCAGUUGUCCCAAAAAACAGUUGCUAUCUAUGUCGUCAUCCAUAUGAUGAGUGCAGUGUGAGUGUUCAACUUGCUUGUUUUUGUUUAUUGCUUAUUGCUUAUUGCACGUCUCUACAUUCCAAAACCACUGUGCAUCAGUGGAUUGCUCCUAAUUAAAAGUCGAUAAAGCUGUAAUGUUAUACAUUGUACUGCCAUAUAUAUAUAUACAGGGCUGGUUUUCACCCCAUACAUAAAAAAACUCGACAGCCAUGAGCAGCACUCCCCCUUCCGAUUGGACGAAGCUCACGCGUGCGGAUAGUACGUAGUACAGUUAACUUUCGUUAAAACAAACUCGACCGGACCUAGCCAAACUGUUUACAAUGUACGGUGUAUACACAUGUAUCAGCAUUUUGCAUUAACACGUACGUCUAGAGCUUCGGUCCCAUUAAUAAUUGUACACAUCAAUACAGAGUCGGGACCAAGGCUUUAUGUUCGCUGUAACCAGGAUUCGUUUUAACAGAGUUUAUAAUAACGAGAAUCGACUGUACUUUUCUGGCGGUUUUCAAAUGUACAUGUAUUUCGACAUGUUUACAUUGCAAUUUGCUUGGUUGGGUAAAUACCACAGUGCCCAUAGGUGAUUAUAGACUUGACCUUGUACCUAAACCAAAGUAUGUCAUGCGGGUUUUUUUCCCUGUUAAAAUUUGCUUUUUGUUUUGUUUUGUAUAAUACAAUGUAUUUAAAUAAAAAGUGCCCAUUGCUUGUAAAAUAUCCACCCUUCUGCUUCCCAAAGACGUAAUAGAGUGAAUUAUGAGGUGAACUGGGACCGGUCCGCGCCCUUUGGUACCUACAUGUAACAUUAAUUUACUACGGAUUACACCGUAUAACUGCCAAAGCCUGUUGAUGUGGUUUGAUAGAAAGGGUGACCAUUAAUACUGCUACAGCUUGUGUAGCAGCCUUUUAAACCUGUCAAUUGUACCAAUAUGAGGCCGGUUUAGAGACAGUAAAAACUUGUAACCUGAUAGAUGUUGACCCAUAUAGGGUUGCUGACUACGGAUUGUCACUGAGAGAGGGUUAAAUAGAUUAUCAAUGCGGUUUUCAACUGCCUUCUUAGUAUUUUAAUGUCAGUGAUGUUCAUUUUAAUGACGUAAACAUUUAUUUUUAUACAAUGUAUAUGUGACUUAACGAUGUAUCGAUCUUGUAAGUUCGCUUUUCAAGCCAUUGUAAUGUUUCAUUUUCAAAAAUGUAAGUAACUAUUAGCACCUGUCGAUGUUUUAGAACGAUUGAAAAUAGCCAAUUCUGUGUUUGCAUAAAAGGGGGAUUUUGCGUGGAAGACAUUCCUGUCUUUAUUGAUGCACGCUUAUACACGCACUAAACAAAUACAUGUAUAUACUUUUAUAAUAAAUAAAUACUUUUAAACGUUUUCUAUAAUAGUAACUGUGCUUUGUUGUGGAGUUCUUCAACGUAAUUUCUGAAACUCUGAUGAGACCGAACAAAAUAGCAUGUAAUGCCAUUAAUCCCUAUGUGGUCUACCACACAACAGGCCUGCAUUUUGUAUACAUGUAUGUAUAAUUCGCUCGUACCCCCGCCCUGCAAACAGGGCGCUGGUAAGGGCUGAUGAGCUUCACAGAAUCUUGUGAAGGAAGUACAGAUUGACCUUCGCAUGCAGCUAGCGCGCGCUACCCAUGAUGGGCACCGAAAGCUAAUUUGUGUGACGCGUUCUACGUCACAGGUCACGCAAAUCUAUCCAAUGAGAGCUCAAAUGACGUCAGCCCUUACCAGCGUCCUGUUUGCAGGGCGUGGGGUAUGAGCGAAUAUGUAUAACAGAGUCGGAAUUUGGGAAAUCCAAGACGACGGGGGCGUGCUGGUGUAAGGUGUAGGUUUCCCAUCUUCUGAUUGGUCCAUUACAUGCAUAUAUAAUACCUUGUUCUCGACAACACAAACACAAGAUAGGCUUUAGGCCUACGUCUAGUGAGAAAUGUUCCUUCCUCCCUUUAGUUAUUUAAAAGGUAAAAUGAGAAGCGAAAAAAGCUCACUGACUCGAACUCGGAUCACCUGAUUAGAAGUCGGGACUAUUUCCCAAACAGUCCACGAAUCAGCUGCCAAUCGUCGGCAGCUGACACCAUGAAAGCCUUGGACAUCAUGAAUAUGCAUAACGGAGAGGGAACGAUAGAGCGCCCUCUCUGAUAUUGUCCGAUCUCGUUUGGGAAAACAAAACUUCGCUGCCUGCCCGCCCGCGCCCGUCGGUGUCUUGCGUCAUGGGCUUGAAUGCAGUUGGAUAUGUAUACAUGUACAUGUACACUAUUCCAAUUAAUUGUCUGGAACUUCGAGCUAGAGUGAUGGGUCAUAAUUAUUUGAAUUAAAAAAAAAAGACCUUGGCCAAUGACAAGUCAUUUCAAAAAUAACUUUUCAUGCAGCUGCCAAUCGUGAUGUCGCCAAAGAUAUAAAAAAAAACCCAAAGGCUGGGUUACUUUUCUUGUGGAAACUUUUUUUACACACGGUAACAUGAUACACUACGUUCUCAAUACUGAAUCGAUUCGACUACCUCCACGGCACGCAUCACGGCCUUAACGCAAUAGCAUGAACCGAUGUCGGCCCUUAUCAUAUCAAACGCUGACUGAUUCGUUUACAAUAAUGUUGACUGUACAAUGAUGUCUGCAAACAGUACUUUGUGCUUAUAAUAUAGCUCCAUUGAAAAUAGAAAUGCACAGGUAUUUUGUACACAAGACACCAUGUCGUAGUUUAUGUGCACGAAAUCCUAUAGGCUUUACGGUUCACCUCAACUUUGAAGUUGAUCACUGAACGGAUCCCGAAUUUACAUGGCUCAAAAAUGGCAGCAGAAGAGAAAAUGUUGUCUGGACGACCGGCGGAUAUGGCCCGAGAAACGCUUAUUACUGAUCUACUGACGUGCCAACUGUGCUUUAACAGGUAUGACGACGCUAACACGGCGGCUAAAUGUCUGCCAUGCCAGCACGGUUUCUGCGUCGAUUGCCUCGGUCGGUUCACUCGUGGCAAGCCUAAGUUCACAUGUCCGGUCUGUCGGCGGGAUACCACCGUUCCGGAGGGCGGCGUACAGGCUUUACCGGACAACUUCAUCGCGAGACGGCUAAAGGAAGUGGAACACCUUCUGCUUGGGCCUCAGGACGUGACCAGGCCUCACCUCCGCUGUGGAUCGUGCAUCGCCGACGGAGGCCCAGCUGUUAGUGUCUGCUCGCACGCCGAGUGUGUUACUUUCCUUUGCCAGAACUGCGAUCAGGCCCAUCGCACGAUGCGUAAAUUCGACGACCACGUCGUGCACUCGAUUGAGGAUCUGCAAAAGCGGCCAGAGAUUCUGACGUGCAAGGAGCAUAGGCAGAAGCCCUUGUCCCUGUACUGUGAUGAAGAGAGCUGCCAGAAAGUCAUCUGUCUGUCUUGCAAAGCCGCCGCGCACUCUUCUCAUCGCGUGGUCGAUCUGGACAAGAAAUCAUUGGAGGUGAAGGGCGAAUUGCAGAGCCUUGCUGCAGUUGUCGAAAGUAAAAAAACGUCCACGCACCAUAUUUCCGGACAACUCCAAACUGAAAUCAAUCGCACGAGUGAGCUGUUUGACGAAAGAUCCGCCCAGGUUUCAGCAUUCUUCGACGACCUCCACGAACUGUUAAAGAAAAGACACGACGCAGUCAUCGGAGAAUUGAAGAAGAGGUGUUUCGACAUGACGAGGCACAAUAGACAUCUAGCUGACCGCGCUGAGUCUCUAGCUUCCCAGUUUGACUCAGCCUGUCAGUUUGCCGAGAGAGCCUGCAACAUCGGUAACCCCGUGGAUGUACUCAACAAAAGGGCACAAGUCAUCUCUAGGCUGCACGAGCUAAUUGCUCUCGAUCUCGACACGAUACUACCGUUUCAUCCAACUGGAGACACAAGCUUCCUCUCCUUCGAUGAAGAUCGAGACCUCCUCAUUUCUGAUUUUGAGAGGCUCCUUCCGCGCCUUGGGCGGCUCAACGCAUCCGGCGGCAUUGCCACUGUUUCUUCCAAGGUGGAUUUCGUUGAGCGUGCGGCUUCACCCCUGUAUGCCAAGAUCGUGCACAGAGUUCGUAUUACCUCUGAAGAUCCCUCUUGCUCCUUCGACAAUCUCAGUGGGUGUCUGUAUUCGUAUUUACAGUCACCAGACGGUACUACCAGAGAGUGCUCAGAUGUCGAGCAGUGCGGUGAAUCCUUUGAGUUCGAGUUCAAGCCGUUGGAAGCAGGACCUCAUCAGCUGAACAUCAGCCUGUCAGGAGUUCCAAUCAAAGACAGUCCAUUCCUAGUAAACAUUGAAGAAACCCCUCCCUUGACGUCCAACACUGAUGACCAAUCGCCUCCUGCAAGCGACAUCAAAAUGAUAACUGAUGUGACAUGGCCGGAUGCGUUUGUUAAAUGUGAGCACACAAUCGUCGUCAAAUUCUCCGGCCUGGUGAGUCCCCAGUUUCGGUCCGACGUAACUGCGCGGUUUUUCAUGCCCGAUAGUCUCCAGGCAAGCCACGACCCCAAGACCCUCUCAGCUGAGGUCAACAAUCACCAAUAUACCGAGGCACAAGUAAUGACAACCGGAGAGAUAGCAAACUACCGGGUUGUCUACACUCCACCGGUUGCCGGUAAGCUGAUCAUGUCUGUCUUCAUGGACGGUCAGCCCAUCGCCAACAGUCCCUUCGUCAUCAAUGUUAAUCCACUGCACCCAGACUCUACCAUAGUGUCCUCUCAUUUGCUGGGAAAGUGCCCUCCUGGCACCGCUGUCCUUGACAUGCCAUACUCACUGACCCUUCAGACCUGCGAUCAUCAUGGUAAUGGGCUGACUUCCGGAGGCUACAAUAUCACAGCCGGUGUUACAACGUCCAGUUCCCAGGAACCGAAGCGACCAGAUGCCGUCAAAGACAACCAAGACGGCAGCUACACAGUGACCGUCGCGCCUCGUGCACCCGAGCCGCUUAUCGUCAACUUUAAGAUCUGUGGAUACCCGUUGACGUCGGGAAUGCCUUUGGUGAUACCUGUCCAAGACAGCUUACCGUUUGAAGAUCCUCCAGACGGCUACAAGAACCCAUCGGGAAUGGCUGUAGACAUUAACAGGAAGACCGUCUAUAUCGCAGGCACUGUGCGAGCAGGAUGCCACAUUCAUCAGCUGAAGACCGACGGCAGUUUCAUGUCUGCCAAAACGAUCAACCUCUCAUUGCAAUUACUGAAGAAGAGACAGCUGGAUUUGGCGGUGACGCAGGAUGGGAGUCUUUUGGUGUUGGUCCCUUACUUUAAACGUGUGGUAACCUGCGAUUUCGAUGGGAAAAUCCUAAACAGGUGGUCUUGCUCAGAAGACAAUCGUAAGCCUGUCAGUAUCACCCUCUCUGGGGCGGAUCACGUAAUCGUUGGUGAUGGUGACUCGCACAAGCUCUUCAUCCAUCAGCGCAAGGGCGAGAUCGUGGUUCGCAUCCAGCUGCCAGAGGGCGCCCUGUCCGCCGGGACGCACAACGUGUGCGUGGACAGCACACACGAUGACAUACUCGUGGUCACGCACUCCGAGCCGUACCAGAUUCUGCGUUACACCAUAAACGAAAAUCUGGUCUGCACAAUUGACUUGACCGCCAAAAUCACCGAACAGGCCAUGGCGGCGGAGGCAACGCCGGAGGGCGCCCUUAUUCUCAGCUUGCCAAGAAGCAUUCUGGUGCUGGCGUUUACUCCCGACCGUAAGGACAUUGCGGUGGUCAAGGAGUUCAAGACGGACCACGCCUACACACGAUUGGCUGUGAUAGGAGAUGAGUGCUUUGUUGCAUUUGAUCCGGCUGCCAAGCAUCUGGCCAAGUACAGUUACUACCACGGACCUCUAAACCAACUGGACUUCCUUACAAUAUGUCACGUGUGAGGUCAGUCUAGUCACCCACGACGCACCUUCAUCGCGAAGUAAAGCGAGUUUUUUUUAACACUUCAAGGGCCGGGGGCGGAGUCCUCAACUUUUUCCGUGAUACCCUUGCAAAAAAUAUUCCCGACCAGAGUUUUCCUGACAUUUUAGCCUUGAGUCUUGCGCAUCCUUUCGAUUCUUUUGAUACCAAAAACAUACACUUUCAUAAAUGGGUUGCC